AGCGUCUCGACUCCGCGAGCUGAUCCGCGUUCCAGCGCGCAGGGCGCCGCCGCCAGCAUGUCGGGCGUCAAGAAGCAGAGGACGGAGAUCCAGCAGAAAUCCACCAAUGUCAUCUACCAGGCUCACCAUGUGAGCAGGAAUAAGAGAGGGCAGGUCGUUGGAACAAGGGGUGGAUUCCGAGGGUGUACCGUGUGGCUGACAGGUCUCUCCGGUGCUGGGAAGACCACAAUCAGCUUUGCUCUGGAAGAGUACCUGGUCUCCCACUCCAUCCCUUGCUACUCCGUGGACGGGGACAACGUCCGUCAUGGCCUUAACAGAAAUCUUGGAUUCUCUCCCGGAGACAGAGAAGAAAACAUCCGCCGGAUUGCUGAGGUGGCCAAGCUGUUCGCGGACGCUGGUCUGGUCUGCAUUACCAGCUUCAUUUCUCCUUUCACGAAGGAUCGUGAGAAUGCCCGCAAAAUCCAUGAAUCAGCCGGGCUGCGGUUCUUUGAAAUAUUUGUAGACGCGCCUCUAAACGUUUGCGAAAGCAGGGACGUAAAAGGCCUGUACAAACGAGCCCGCGCAGGGGAGAUCAAAGGGUUUACAGGCAUCGAUUCUGAUUAUGAGAAACCUGAAAUGCCCGAGCUUGUGCUUAAAACCAACUUGUCCUCGGUGAGCGACUGUGUCCAGCAGGUGGUGGAACUUCUGCAAGAGCAGAACAUUGUACCCCAUACUAUAAUCAAUGGCAUCCAUGAGCUCUUUGUGCCGGAAAACAAACUGGACCAAGUCCGAGCCGAGGCUGAAACUCUCCCUUCACUGUCAAUCACCAAGCUGGAUCUUCAGUGGGUCCAAGUUUUGAGUGAAGGCUGGGCCACUCCCCUCAAAGGUUUUAUGCGAGAAAAGGAGUACUUGCAGGUUACGCACUUCAGCACCCUGCUAGACGAUGGAGUGAUCAACCUGAGCAUUCCCAUCGUGCUGCCGGUCUCUGUGGACGAUAAGACGCGGCUGGAAGGAUGCAGCAAGGUUGUCCUCACGCACAGCGGACGGAAGGUGGCUGUCUUGCGAGACCCUGAAUUCUAUGAACAUAGGAAAGAGGAGCGGUGCUCCCGUGUGUGGGGGACCACGUGCGCCAAACAUCCCCACAUCAAAAUGGUGAUGGAAAGUGGGGAUUGGCUGGUCGGCGGAGACCUUCAGGUGCUGGAGAGAAUCAGGUGGAAUGAUGGGCUGGACCAGUACCGCCUGACCCCUCUGGAGCUUAAACAGAAAUUUAAGGAAAUGAAAGCUGAUGUGGUGUUUGCCUUCCAGUUGCGCAAUCCUGUGCACAACGGCCACGCUCUGUUGAUGCAGGACACCCGCCGCCGGCUCCUGGAACGGGGCUACAAGAACCCGGUCCUCCUGCUCCACCCCCUGGGGGGCUGGACCAAGGACGACGAUGUGCCCCUGGACUGGCGGAUGAAGCAGCACGCCGCUGUGCUUGAGGAAGAGGUCCUGGAUCCCAAGUCAACCAUCGUUGCCAUCUUCCCAUCUCCCAUGUUGUAUGCCGGCCCCACAGAGGUCCAGUGGCACUGCAGGUCCCGGAUGAUUGCGGGCGUCAAUUUCUACAUUGUGGGCCGGGACCCUGCAGGAAUGCCCCACCCUGAGACCAAGAAAGACCUGUAUGAACCCACUCACGGGGGCAAGGUGCUGAGCAUGGCCCCCGGCCUCACCUCUGUGGAAACCAUUCCAUUCCGAGUGGCUGCCUACAACAAAGCCAAAAAGGCCAUGGACUUCUAUGACCCGGAAAGGAACAGUGACUUUGACUUCAUCUCAGGAACCCGGAUGAGGAAGCUGGCCCGGGAAGGGGAGAAUCCCCCAGAUGGCUUCAUGGCCCCCAAAGCAUGGAAAGUCCUGACAGAUUACUACAGGUCCCUGGAGAAGAACAGCUAAACAGCCCGGAGUUUCUCUCUCAAGUGCUCUUUGGUUUCCUUUUCUAUUUUUGUGAUCAGAUGCUUUGUAUCCAAUUGUUUCUCAAUGCCCGAUUUUAGAGUUUUAUAAUGAGGUAAGAAUUGUGUCUAAACUUUAAAGCCAACUUCGAUACAUAUAGAAAAAAGUCAAACUGAAGACCAAAUCUUAGCAGAUGAAAGCAAUAUCGUUAUCACUUUAGAAUGAAAUUAAUUGUAUUCUCUACUGUAUCUGAGCAGGUAGGUCCCACAUUUCUUAAAACUCUGACCACGUGUCUUGUUUACUUCCCAAGAAGUAAAGCAUAUUUUCCAGCUUAUGUUUUGCCAGCCUACACUCUCCCAAUGUCACACACCAGUAAUAAAAUACAUCAGAAGACCAGCAGCCUCCUCUAUACAACUGACAAAAUUUCUUACCU